AUGCAGAAUGGUGGCGGGUGGGCGAAGGAAACUCCUGCAGCUGGUGACCCAGUUUGGGGUGCUGCUCCUUACCCGGUGCCCGUUCUGGUUUUGUUUCACGUGUAUGCCGAGCGGGCAGAGGCAAAGGGGAAGCCAGAUAUCCCUGUUCCAUAUCUCUAUUAUUAUCUGGCGGCCUCUGUAAUCUGUGCCAGUUUCAUGUCUUUUGGCGUUAAACGGCGCUGGUUUGCCUUAGGAUCGGCCAUGGAGCUGGCAAUCGGCACCUACGCUGCCCACGUUGGUGGAUAUGUGCAUUAUGGAGACUGGUUGAAGGUCAGGAUGUAUUCACGCACCAUUGCUGUCAUUGGUGGCUUCCUGGUUUUGGCCAGUGGUGCCGGGGAGAUAUACAGACAGAAGCCACGGAGUCACUCUUUGCAGUCCACUGGACAGGUCUUCAUAGGGAUCUACCUAAAUUGCAUGGCGUAUACCUUGCAGCAUAGUAAGGAGGAUCGCCUGGCGUAUCUAGAGUUCCUGCCGGGAGGUGAACCCGCCCUGCAAAUCGUCUUUAUCCUAUUUGGGAUCUUGGCUUAA